AUGGGUCCCAAAAAGAAGCAGAAGUCAAUUCUUGACUUUUCUUUCCUGCGCCCAUUGUCCGAUCAAGGUGUGGUGGACUUGACAGACCAAUCUGAUAUCUUGUGUCCAGUAUGUUCUAUUGCUAUGGACCAGAUGGACUAUAACUCGCGUAUCAGACACGUUGAGGAUUGUCUCUCGAUGCUAACUAUCAAAGAGGAGUCUCAGGAGUUGUUUGUUGGUGCCGGAACCUCAGAUACUGUGGAAACUCGCGUGGAAUCCAGUGUGGUCAAGAUGGAGAACGUUGAAAACAAGUUAGAAGGCAAGUUAGAGUCGUCUACGGGCCGGAAACGAAAGAGAAAGCCGGAAUUAGCUGCUGUUCAGAAGGAGGUUGUCAAGUAUAUUAAUUCUAAAGGAGAAAAGAAGGUCAGGGUGAAGAGUCAACCUGAAACUACUGAAGAUGAUCAACCUACAGAGCUCCUUCCCUCCAGUCGAAAAACGCCUAUUCCACCACUCAAAAUCCUCACAUUUCGUGUCACAGAAGGAACAGAAUAUGAAGUUUCUGUUGAUGCAUUCUGCUAUAAACCACACGAACUGAUAUCUCAAUACUUUCUCUCGCAUUUCCAUUCAGACCAUUAUGGAGGAAUCACUAAGCGAUGGUGCAGUGAACGAACGCUUGAUUCCAAAAUCAUCUAUUGUUCGCCUAUUACUUCGCGCUUGCUUACGUUGCGCUUCAAGGUCAAUCCAGCGUUCAUUUACGAAAUUGCCGCAGAUACGAGGCACUUGGUGCAUUCAUAUACUGAUGACAUUCCACAAGGUGGAUGUUUAUCCGCAAGCAACACUCCUGGAUUGUACGUGACGGCCAUAGAUGCCAACCAUUGUCCCGGAGCUAUCAUUUUUCUCUUCGAGUCUGUUGCUCUCGACGGACUGUCGACGUAUAUUCUACAUUGUGGAGAUUUUCGAAUCAAUAAGGCCAUGAUCAACCACCCAGCACUCCAGCCGUUUCACCAGGGCAAGCUGAAAUUCCUUGAAAAAGUAUACCUCGACACAACUUAUAUGUCUCCUAAGUAUAACUUCCCAAAACAAGAGCUCGUCUGUGAGGCGGUGGCCGAUAUGUUUGAGAAACUACUGACUCAGGACGAACUAUUCAAUCAGUGGUUCGGAACAUCCAUCCAGAGCCGUAUCACUGACUUCCUAUCGUUUUCCAAAUCCGCAAAGAAAAAAAAGUUUCUUGUUCUUGUGGGAACAUACCUCAUAGGCAAGGAAAGGCUCGCCAUGGCCAUUCUGAAGAGAUUGGGCCGUUGUCCCAUAUUCGUAUCCAACAUCAACAGUCGAGGAGACAAAACCGACAUUAUCCGCGCAUUUGAUGAUCCGUAUCUCAAUGAUGUGAUAUCGAGCGAGGAUAUUGGAGACGAUGCUUGUGACAUAAUGGUACACUUGGUACCCAUGAAGAUAGUAGGAACUGCGCAAGAGAUGACCAAUUACUUUAACCACAACCAAUAUUUCCGACAUUUCGAGAGGUGUGUGGGGCUUCUACCGACUGGUUGGUCAUUCGACGGUGCCACGAACGAGCAAAUCGUCGACGCUGAAGACGAACUUCCGAUGGUGGAGGACGUGUCGAUGCUUUCCACCAUCAAUGUCCUUCGCAGCCAUCCAGAAUAUUCAUACAUGGAUAUUCUACGACAGAACCGACCCAAAGCUGACCGAAAAAUGGACCGUAACACCUUCAAAAUUUAUCUGUUGCCAUACAGCGAGCACCUGUCUUUUCGGGAAUUGUCUUUCUUUGUUAUUUUUCUCAACAUUGGCGAGGUGGUUCCCACCGUCAAUACUGAGAAUGCGUGGAGCAACAACCAAAUGAGAGAGAUCAUCAAUAUGUGGGAAUAUUUCCGCCUGGUAAAGACCAAAAGGGAAUCAUCGCUUCCGGAAGGACUCAACAAUGUCAUUUACGAAUUAUCUUUAGACGAUUUUUAA